UACAUUUUUUUUCCCCUACUCAAACCAUUGUUAAUGAUUCAUUCUCUCUAGACUCUAGUCUCUCUUUUUUUUUCUCCAUAUUUGAAUCCGUUUGUAGUGUUUAGGUUUUGAUUAGAUUUGUGAAUCGUCUUCUAUUCGACUCUAGUUUUAUUUUGGCUUUCAUCAAACUUGGUCAACAAACAUCUUUAACAUCGCCUUUAUAUUAGGCGAUUAAAAUUCAUGAAAUAAAUAGCAAAUGGAGUCUGAAUAAUUUGAGUCUACAGAAAAUCGUCACAUCUUCCUUCUUCUUCCUCUUCUUUCUCCUGUAACUCUGUGUUGAACGGAUAUAAGAGAGGAAUCAAAAGAAUAAAGAACAAACACUUUAUCAACAUGACAUUUGGCAAAAAGAUUCUGGAAAUUUGAGUAAAAAAAAAAAGUCAACCAUUGCAGCAAACUCUUAAGAAGCAAAGCAAACCAAAGAGAAAAAGAAGAAGAAGAAGAAAAUGGCAGGAGGGUCGUUUGGUCCUACCGGUGUGGCAAAGGAAAGAGCAGAGCAAUACCAAGGGAAAGUCACUGGCUAUGUCAUAAUCGCUUGCCUUGUUGCAGCCAUUGGUGGAUCCAUCUUUGGAUAUGACGUUGGAAUCUCAGGAGGAGUCACAUCAAUGGAUGAAUUCCUUGAAGAGUUUUUCCACUCAGUGUAUGAGAAGAAGAAGCAUGCUCACGAGAGUAACUACUGCAAAUAUGAUGAUCAAGGAUUAGCUGCUUUCACUUCUUCACUCUACUUGGCUGGUUUGGUCUCGACCCUGGUCGCUUCGCCUAUCACUAGGAACUAUGGAAGGCGUGCAAGUAUUGUCUGUGGUGGAAUCAGCUUUUUUCUUGGAGCUGCUUUGAACGCUGGAGCUGUGAAUCUAGCAAUGCUUCUUGCGGGACGGAUCUUGCUCGGUAUUGGCAUUGGCUUUGGAAAUCAGGCGGUUCCUUUGUAUUUAUCAGAGGUGGCACCAACACAUCUGCGAGGUGGUUUAAACAUGAUGUUUCAGUUAGCAACAACUCUUGGGAUCUUCACGGCGAAUAUGGUCAAUUUCGGUACUCAAAAGCUCAAGCCUUGGGGAUGGAGACUCUCUCUUGGUCUGGCUGCUUUUCCAGCUUUGCUUAUGACGCUUGGCGGGUUUUUGUUACCCGAGACUCCCAACAGUUUGGUCGAGAGAGGAUUAACGGAGAGAGGAAGACGAGUUCUUGAGAAGCUAAGAGGAACGAAAAACGUCAAUGCAGAGCUACAAGACAUGGUAGAUGCGAGCGAGCUUGCGAAUUCAAUCAAGCAUCCAUUCAGGAACAUUCUGCAGAAACGACACAGGCCACAGCUAGUUAUGGCAAUUUGCAUGCCAAUGUUUCAGAUCCUAACAGGGAUAAACUCCAUUCUCUUCUACGCGCCGGUUCUGUUUCAGACAAUGGGAUUCGGAGGAAACGCUUCUCUCUACUCAUCAGCAUUAACAGGAGCUGUUCUUGUCCUCUCAACAUUGGUUUCUAUAGCGUUAGUGGACAGACUUGGACGACGAGCUCUUCUCAUCAGUGGAGGAUUACAAAUGAUAAUCUGUCAAGUCAUAGUCGCAGUGAUCUUGGGAGUGAAAUUCGGAGACAACCAAGAGCUAUCAAAAGGGUACUCAAUAGUUGUAGUCAUCUUCAUUUGCCUCUUUGUGAUAGCUUUUGGAUGGUCUUGGGGACCUCUUGGAUGGACCAUACCGAGCGAAAUCUUCCCGUUGGAGACUCGUUCAGCUGGGCAGAGUAUCACUGUUGCUGUGAAUCUCCUCUUCACUUUCAUCAUAGCUCAAGCUUUUCUUUCUCUCCUCUGUGCAUUCAAGUUUGGCAUCUUCCUCUUCUUUGCUGGUUGGGUCUCAGUGAUGACAAUCUUUGUCUAUUUCUUGCUGCCUGAAACCAAAGGAGUGCCAAUUGAAGAGAUGACACUCUUGUGGAAGAAACAUUGGUUCUGGAAAAAAAUAUUACCUGAAACAAAUCCUGAAACAAAUCAUGAAGCUGAAGCUGAGAGAAACAAUGAGACAAAUACAAAUAGCUCUGUCUAAAGAGAACAGAUUCUGUAAGAUUAUAACUUGUUGUCAUCAUUAUUAUUGAUUUUUCGAGAAUCCAAAACAAUGAAAACUUUUGUGUUAUACUAAGAUUAUUAUAUAG